AUGGCAGUCAGUGAGUCAUCUAGACUACGUGCCUCCUUGGAGAAGGAAAAUGUUCCUGUCAGGCGACUUAUUGUUAAUCAGAUUCUUCAUCCACCUGCCUCUGACUGCAAGUUUUGUGCAGUGAAAAGAAAGGAUCAGACGCGUGCCCUUGAUAUGAUUCGAAAUGAUCCAGAGCUAUUCAGCUUGAAGUUAAUCCAAGCACCCUUAGUUGAUAUGGAGAUUAGGGGUGUCCCAGCACUUAAAAUUAUGGGGGACAUCGUAUGGAAAUUAGCAACCACUAGUUUCCUCAUAAUACUAGACCGGGAAUUUUCCGGGCACAUGAAGAUGACAAUUCAUAAGGAGAGUAUCUUGCAAUACUACAAAUCCAGCAUCAGAGAAGCCAGAGGCUUUGAUAUCAAACUGCCAGUAGCAUGAAAUAGGGUGAUGGAAGACCCUACAGCCCUACACUGGAAGGAGCCAAAACUUGUAUACUUCUUUCUUCCUUG